GUAUUGGUGUGGUAGGAAGUAGUCUUGCGCGGAUUGCGUGGAGGAGAUUAGCGCGGCUUUUGCCGCUAGCCGAAGGAGACACUCUCCUAUUGCGAUGGGGCGGGUACCCCCAUCUGGCUUGGUAAGGGCCAGGAGGCGUGAGGAGGUAACGAGCUGGCUGACCUCGUGCGGCAGGUUACCCGCAAGUAGCCGCUGGACGAGCUUGUGGAGGUUUGUGGCGACGGUGGGGUUGGACAGCGAGGCGUCGCGAAGGUGCUCGAAGGUCAUCCCCGAAGGGCCUGCCCCAACUCCAUUUUCGGAGCGAGCGAGGAGCUUCGUGAACGUAGCGAAAUCGACUAUCGGCGGCCUGCAGGUUUCGUCAAGCCGUGGCCAGGUGAGGCUUUCGACAAGCGGAGGGGGGUGUUUUGACUUCAGCGCGUCCAGGACCGUGGGGGUGGACUUGCUGACUGGGGUCGAGGUCAACGCGAGCAGUGCCCGUCGCAAACUGCCUCGUCGUACCAAGCCCUCGGCGCGGGAUAUUUUCCCGAGAGUGUCAGGUACGUGGCGGGGAGGGGGUGGCAGGGCGACAGCAGAGGCAGCUGCUUGAUACAGUGUGUCCCACUGGCCCGCGAGAAAUUGUCGAAGUCGUCGUUCCGUCGCGGGCCAGUCAGGGCGUCGUGGUGAGGGUAGGCGAAGUGCGAGGCGCGGGAGGUAAAGUAACAGGAUCCAACCCUCGAUGGAGGUUGGAUGUUUGGCGAGAAAAAGGAGGGGUGUCAGAAGGGUGAGCGCGAAAAGUUGACGGAUUUGGGGGGGUAACCGGCGGGAGAGGGGGGGUUGGCGACUGUCGCAGAGAACUGCGAUGUCCCAAGUGGCGAUGACGGCGAAUCUGGAGGGGUCAUUCGCCAGUUCUUCCGGGGACAGCUGCGGGGCGGCCUGGGGAUGGGUGUCCAGCGGUGCCCGAGUAUUGUGCAAGCGGCUGGACCCUCGUCCCCUAGAUCUGGGAGUUGGGUCAGUCUCUCGUCCUCCAGCACGCCUGUUUGUUUCGACGUUUUCGUCCGCACUAGAGGUCUCAGUCGUGGGGUCUCCCUGGUCCCCUGGUAUAUAAGUUCCGUCCGCCCGUUCCUCCUCAUCAGUUGUUCGUUGCAGUUACGAGGCACUUAAAGCCCUGUUCGCUGCCUGCUGGAAUCCGUUCAGCGGUCCUCCGUCGGAGGACAGAUUGCCACGCCUUGCCGUCCCGCGACCGCGCCCUCCGGCCGUCCGUGUGUUGAGUCUUCCGCGUCCGCCUCCUUGGUUUCCUCUCGGGGCGGCCCUGGUCGUCGUUCGGCUUUCGUGCCGAGUCGUGGGGGGUGCCGAGUGCGGCGCGUCUCCUCGGGAUGGAGCGACCAGCGCGGGAGCGUUCUGCCGAUUUGGAGAGUACUGGGGACAGCGAGUCCCCCCAAGGUCGGGCGAGUUCUCCCGCACCGUCGAACCGGGAUUGGGAGCGCGGGCUCCUCGUCCCCUCGACGGCUCGCCAACAGACUCCCGAGCGGAUGCGGGGGCAGUCGCGGGGCAGGACUGCCGCGCCCCAGAGACACGAGGAGAAGUCCCCUGAGCGCGCCUUGGAAUUUGAACGUGAACCAGCGGCGCGUGGCGAGGAGCAUCAGUCGCCGCGCCAGCAGCAUCCGUCCCGCCGAGGGACGCCUCAGCGUCGCCCACAGGCGGUGCCGGGGCAGCAGCGCCGGACUCCGCAGGCGCCGCGCGGGCGUUCGGGCCAGCGCGUCGGCUGGAGGGCUGGCGGGGGGAGUAACCGUGGGUCCGCAGCGGAGAGGCGCCUAGGGCGGGCCGCGGCGACUCGCGAGGGCUUGUUCCGCAGUGUCGCCCCACCCCAGCAGGCUCUGGCGUAUUCUCCGCGGCUGCUGACGUCCCAGCAGUACCAGCCGGCGCACCCGCAGCCCAUGCGUUUACCCCUUCCUCAGGCGCCAGCGCCGGCGUUCCCUCCCCGCAGUGUGGCAGCUCUCCCGCUCCUCGACCGCCCGUACCUCUUGGCGCCGCUUCCCUCCGCACCUCUUCCGCCGGUCCUCCCCUCGGCCGAUCCCUUCGAUCCGCGUCGGUUGGACGUGCGGUCCGCGGAGACACUGCCGCCCUGGCAGCCGACGCCCCCGGAUGUGUCGGUGGUAGGGUGGUCCCAUGGCCCACCGCCGUCGGUGGCUCCAGCAUCGUUCGGCGGGCGGGCGACAGCGCCCUUUGUCCCCCCCCGCCGUUCGCUGGCGUCACCGACUGGAGUUGAGGGGGGGGCAGAAGCAGCGGAGAUGGGGGGAGCGGAGUCCACGGGCGAGGACUCGCCUCCUGGGGACCAGGGGCGGCGUCGCUCGGGUGGGCUGCGGAUGCCGCAGAGGGCGCAGCUGGAGCGCCUGCGCGGGAGGGAGCGGCUGGCGGAGACUGCGAUCCCAGUCGCCACGCUUCGUCGGCUCUGGCACGCGCAGAGGGCGAUGGGGUAUGCUGUGGAGAUGCUGACGGACUCACACUCCGUUCUACGGAGCUUAGUGAGCCCGUGCAAGAUGCCUCACGAUCCACUCCAUCGCUGCGCGAUGGCUGCGGCGGAUCUGGCGGUCGUGUCCACGCGAGUGCAGCCUGCGCCCGCCUCGGGAACCGUGUUGGACCCACGCCUGCUCGCCGAAGGCCGCCGACGCGAGCCGCCACCAAGGGUUGGAGAAAAGAAAGAACUGGAAACUAAACAGGAAGAAUGAGGGAGGGAGAGAGCUUAUAUAGCUGGAGAGGGAC